AAUCUACUCUUCAUUCUCAAGCACUUCUUAACAGUCCACGGAAAGCCCAUCAACCGGCCAACCCACCGUCUGUCCUCUCGUGCCCGGAGUCUCCGGUUGUCGUGAUGAAGUUGGGUCGUGAUUGCAAGGCGAUCGGACGGAGCUGAAAGCACAGAAGUCACGAUGGAGACCGUUGAGCAGCUGGUGUCUUUCCAGCACAUCCAUGUGCAACUGAACGGAGGCGCUCCGUGGGGAUUCACUCUGAAAGGAGGACUGGAGCACGGCGAGCCGCUCAUCAUUACUAAAGAGACCUGACCACAUCAAACGCUUCCACCAAAAGCUUGUCGGCCAACCUCGUAUCCAACAUUUGGGCUCAACCAGCCGUCAAAACCACUCCAAAGGCCUCGUUGCUCCCAGGGAGAUAGAAGAGGGAGGAAAGGCAGCUCAGUGUAAGAAGUUGAGAGUGGGGGAUGAACUGGUGAAUAUUAACGGCUCUGCUCUCUACGGCUCCCGUCAAGAAGCUCUCAUCCUCAUCAAAGGUUCUUACAGGCUUCUCAAAAUCAUCAUCCGAAGGCGCAGUGUGCCAGUGAUCCGUCCCCACUCUUGGCACCUGGCGAAGCUGUCAGAGGCACCCUGCACUACGGGCACUGGUGACCCCUCAGAUGGCCCCCCGGCUAUGCAGCUCCACUUCACACCUCUCAGUGUACCUUGGCACUCUGGAGGUGACAAUAGUGAGCUGUCCAUGCAGUGGGGCCAUAUCUCCAGGCACUACAGCACAGACCGCAGUAGCUCAAUAGGAAGUAUGGAGAGUUUGGAGAAUCCUCCUAACCAGGGUUACUAUGACAGUCAGCUCUCUCCCAUUGAUCCUGUCAUCUUCAACAACAAACGUGACUCUGCUUACAGCUCAUUCUCAGCCAGCUCAAACACAUCCGAUUACACUGUCCCCGUCAAGCCUGAGGAUACCAACUCUAUGGACAGUCUUCUCCAGGGUUUUGGUUCUUCCUGCAGGUAUCCAGACGGAGGCCAACAUUGUGCCCCCAGUGGCCAUGGAAACCAGCAGGAAGAGCGUGUACACUCCAAGAUACUGUCUAACAGAUCUGAGCCUAAAGUCCGACCAUCGUCCUAUAGCUGUGAGGAGGAACACUGUGCACCACCGCAGCCACCCAUGAGGAAGGACAGUUUUAGGGCUACUAGAGGCCAACCAACAGAUAAACGCUGUGUGUCUGCUCCUGUAGGCAUCCCAAGUGUAACCAGCUGCAUGGUUGAAGAUCAAUCCCAGAUCCAGGAAGUUCUGACUGGUAGUGUUUAUUUGAAUGGAACACAAGACAAUGAGCAAGAACAUAAAGGAUGCACUGUUGAACCUUAUUACACCUUCAACUUUAAGGCAGACUCUGAAGGAGAUAGCAAGGCAACUGACCGUGAGAAAAAACACUUGGAGAGCUAUUCAGAAUCUUUGGUGGCAUCUACACCUCCUCUCAGUCCCUUUUCACAAAGGAAUAGGGAUGAGAACUUUGAUGCCCAACCAGAAUGUAAUAUCCAGUCAGUAAUGCACAGACACAGUGCACCUGAGAAACUUCUAGCUUCUCAGCUGCAUAUGAUGGAUUUUACUGGUGACAAAAGUGAUAAUCGUGCAUCUCCAACUUGUCAGUGGUCACAGUCGCCCCUUUAUCUGAGUGAUACGAGUCCAAAUACGGCCCAGGCCAAGUGGGGAGCGAGUAGAUGUUCCACACCUGGUUCAGUGGCAACUUCCGAACUUGAGGAUCCCAGGUUAGAGGAGGAUCCUCUAGAUUCUGGACAGAAUCUGUGGGGGCAGCCCAGUAAUGUCUCUGAAAAUCCCAUGGAGAAUGGAUUCUCCACUGCUAGCUCUCAGACCAGUGAGACGAACUUUGGGUCUGUAGGUGCUAACGUGUGUGUGGACACUCACCUGAAUGAGAAUGGGCGAGAAGUGAGGGUAGAUGAUGGUAGCGUCACAAAGCAGUCGCAGAAACGUCAGUUCCGUAGCUCCAAGUCGCGUCGUAGAAGUGAGCGUUUUGCCACAAACCUCAGAAAUGAGAUCCAGAGGAAGAAGGCCCAGCUGCAGAAGAGUAGAAACCCUUGUGGUGAGGAGACUGUAGAAGAAGAGGUUGCAGAUCUCAACAUGGAGGCAGUAGCUCCUCCAAAGCACUGUCAACCCAGACCCCAAACCUUCUCAAGUCCUCUUACCAGUCCUCCGACUAUCCAAAUAUCCGAACAGACACCUCAACAAGAUACAACCCAAGUUGAGGAACAUUCCAGAACCAGGGCUCUGUGCUUCCAGACAUCUCAGACGCAAACCCAGAUCCCUCAAAAUGACAGACAAGUGUGUGUGCAUGUGGUGGAGGAGAUUGCACCUGCAGGUAAACCACGAAGAUGGCGCUGGACACCAGAAUACAAGCUUCAACCGGAAACUGAGCCCUCUGAGAGUAAGAGAAAUGAGGCUACUAGACAGAUGUGGUCUGGGAAAAUGGGAUCAACAAGAGGGAGGGCAGGUUCCUCCAGUAGUCGCUCAGGUCGAUCAGACGAGUGUGAUAUCCCUCCCUUUGCAGACCGCAGGAGGUUUUUUGAAGAGACUAGCAGAAAGUUGAGUCAGUCUGUAACAAACUUGUCAAGUCUGACAAGUCGAAAUCAGAGACUAGAGAAGCCGAGUAGACCGAAUCAUCCAUCCUCACCUGAACCUCUUGAAAUGGCCACUAAUCUGGGCCGGAGGAGGUUUUCAUAUCAAGAUGUGCCCUAUGUCAACUCACUAGAGACUGGAAGACAGUUUAUGGGUACCCAGCAAGAACAAGAAAAAUUGAGGGAGAGGCUGAGAGAGCGAGAGCAGGAGAAAGAAAGAGAGCAAGAGAGAGUCAAGCAGCAAGAGAAACUUCGAGAACAAGAGAGGGAGAAGGAAAGAUUAAGGAAAGAGAGGGAAAAAGAGCAACAAAGGGUAAAAGACUGGGAGGAGAGGCAAAGACUGCUGCAGAGAGAACAAGAAAGGGAAUCAAGGAGAGAAACUGUUCGUUCUGAACACAAUAUGAGCGGUGAUAUGGUUCCUCAGUCUUUAUCUCAUGACGCCUGUCGGAAACAGCCGCCUAGUCCUCAGGUUCCUUCCUCUCUGCAGUCCUCUGAGCAUUUCUAUAGCAAAACUACCACCAACAUCCAAAAGCCUUGCUCAGCGUUCCACCCAGUGACCACCCAGCACAAUCAGUAUGAUGACUACCACGUGAAUCCACCCUACAAGGCCAGGAGCUACACCCCAGCUGAGGCCCACCCUGUGCAGGAACAAGCAAAAAAUCUAAACCGAAAUUUCAGUUUAACAGAGAGGGACUACUCAAGGUGUAGGAGAGACUCCAAAACAGGAGAGGGUGCUGCUUUUCCUAGCUUCAUGGGUCAAGGUGGCAACAUGACAGGUGGCCGCACAGAGGAGCAUCUUUUUUCACCCCUUAGAAACCGUGCUAUGUCAGAAAAUGACAUUCGUGUGGACACACAAAAUUUUCAUAAUCACACCAAUGUCACACCGAGCAGAAUGCGUGCAUCCACUCUUAGUGACCUGGAUGAGAAUGGAGUAUGUGUCGGUGAAGUAAAGAAGAAAAAAGGGCCUCCGCCUCCUCGUCCACCGCCCCCAAAAUGGGAUCAGUUCCACAAGAGACGGGCAUCUCACCAUAACCUCUUCUCCUCCCCUCUACUCUUUAACUCUCCCUCUUCCUCUCCACCUCGACCACAGCCAUGCACACCCCAGCCCCCCAGUGUGUCUGAAAUGACACGUCAGCGCUCCUAUAGUCUCCCUCCGAGGGAGGUCUCCGAGAGCCAUCACUGCUGCGGUCAAGAGUACUCGGUGGCUCCUCCCAGCCCUGCUUUUACACGUCGGGCCUUUAAACCUGUAGCCCUGCCCCCAAGAGAGAAAGACAUGAGGAGAGAACUUCAUCAAUCUCUGCCGCAGCCUGAACCACGCACAAGAAUACCUGUCCACAAUGCUACAGUGUCAGAUGAGCCUAGAGUCACACUGGUGAAGCCCAUCUUUUCUGAGCAUCGAGCUGAGUGGGACCGGUCCGGUCCUCACUACCAUGCACAGGGCACUACCAGGUCUCAUGAAGUCCCAGAGAACAGUUUGUCAGCUGGACCCGUGUGUCCCGAAUCCUACUUCUCCAUGAACAACUACCACUUGCAGCCCCAUCAAGCAGGCUUCCCUGGAACCGUUUACAAAAACCAGCUUAUUUCCUCCCGCAGUCCCAGCAGUAUUGAAGAUGGAAACCAGCCCCUGGAGACAGACAUAGAUGAGAUCAGUGAGAAUGAGCGGUUAGGAGAAAUUGACAGGAGGGAAGGAGAGGACAGGAUGGAGAUGCAGGGUUUUGCUCGACCAGUUAUAGUGCUGGAGACAGACAUUGACAACAUGCCUGAGGAAGGGGCUCCAUCAGCGAGAAACAUUAGAGGGCCAAGGGGCGCUUUGGUGGACUCCAUUCUAGAGGAUGAUUAUGGAUUAUCUAGGAAAGAGCUGAUAGGAGAGUUAUUUCCACACAGUGUAAAUACAGAGAUGGGUGGAGAGAGCUGGAGAGGAGGCCACCCAAUCAGUGGGGGAACACUAGAGAGGCCCUCUAGACUGGGAACAUCCACAGUACAAGUUUCACGAUCAGUCUGUUAUGACAUGUCAGCUGACAACCCGCAACUUCUUGCCAGGUUUCGAGAGAUCUCAGAGAGGAAAGUGGAGGAGGAAGAACUCAAUUAUAAGAAGCAGCUGAUGGAGAGCCUUCGUAAAAAGCUGGGUGUCCUGCGUGAGGCACAGAGGGGCCUGCAAGAGGAUAUUCGUGCCAACACUCAGCUGGGAGAGGAGGUGGAGAGCCUGGUGCUCGCUAUCUGCAAGCCCAACGAGGUGGACAAGUACCGUAUGUUCAUUGGUGACCUAGACAAAGUGAUUAGCCUGCUGUUGUCUCUUUCUGGGAGACUGAUCCGGGUAGAAAGCGCCCUGGACUGUGUGGACCCAGAGACUGGCCACCACGAGAGGCUACAACUUCUGGAAAAGAAGAAGCAGCUGCUGGUGCAGAUGGGAGAGGCUCAGGAGCUCAAGGAGCAUGUGGACCGGCGUGAGCAGGCGGUUGGGAAGGUGCUGGAAUGUUGCUUGACCCCAGAACAGAUGCGUGACUACGGUCACUUUGUGAAGAUGAAAGCAGCCCUACUGGUAGAGCAGAGGCAACUGGAUGACAAGAUCAGGCUCGGCGAGGAGCAGCUCAGGGGACUUCGAGAGAGCCUCGGUCUGGGGCUGGGGGUCGGGAUGGGGUACGGACCGUACUGAAAAUUGCUGAAUGAGUGUGUGCAUAAUGGGAUUUGAGAUGGCCCGAAAAAACCUUGAACUGCAGUAUGUUUUAAAGAAAGGACAUUAAAUAGACAUGACAGUUGAGUACAGAAAAGCACAACUAUCACAGACUAAUGUUCAGUUCAGUUUGAAAACACUACAUCACUACUUGAAGUUGUCUGUUAGGACUUCAGCUGCACUAAUAACCUUUUGGGAAUUUUUUUUUGCGCUUACUCUGUUAACAUCUGACACCGCCAAAGAACGCAUGCAUGCAUAUAUUUCUCAUUGAAUACAGCAGGGGAAGUGUCCAUGCACUGCUAUUUAUUUAUUUAUGUGUGUGUAUAUAUAUUCAUACACACUAUAUAUAUAUAUAUAUAUAUAUAUAUAUAGAUAUAGAUAUAUAUAUAGAUAUAUAUAGAUAUAGAUAUAUAUCUUUCAUUCUGGUUUUAAGGUCAAAUUGCUUUAAUUUACAGCCUCACAGUGCAUGUAUUCAAUUUCAUUCCGUUCUUUGGCAUGGUAAACGUUAUUGUUCUGUUUAAAAUGUUUUGUUUUAUGUAUUUGUAUGAUCAUUGAAAACAUGUACAUAGUUUUACUAAAGUGCAUCUUUAAGUUACAGAAGUUUCAUUCUGUCAUAACUGGAACUUUUCUUAAACGAAAUGUUGUGGCAUAUUAUUGCAGUGUUUUCAAAAGGGGCCAUUUAUAUUUACUUUUCAUAUUCCGUAUGUCUUAUAGUACUUGCUACACUUUUCUGAGAUAAUUAUUAUUGCCAAAGAUAAAAAUUUAUGUCUACGUAAGAAUAUAAAUGUGCUGUGCCUGUUUUGAGAAAUGACAUGCAUAAAUGUCUUGAAGAUCAGCCUUGCUUUACCAAAGCUCUUAUAUUGACAAGUUUUUGAAUAAGAGUUUUUAGUUAAAUGAGAUGCACUGUUUAACCCUUAUGUAUCAUCUCACAACAUGGCAACUUUUGAGGCGAUUGCUACUAGAUUUCCUUUUCUUUGUGAGAAACUGGACAUUUCUUUAGAAGGAAGGAGAAUGCUGCUUCGUUGACCAUUUACUGCCUUGAAAGUCUUCUCUUUUUUUUUUUUUUUUUUUUUUAAUUGCAAAACAAGGAGAUUUAUAUGAAGACUGAGAGACAAAGAAAAGUGAGAUAAAUUUGAUUUGUAUUUGAAGGGCUUGUUGUACAGGAACAAGAAAUGAAUGUAUGUAUUUGGUUUCGAAAUUGCAGAUCAAAAAGGUAAAUGUGCCUUUGUGCUUAUUUUUACUUUUAUUUUUUUGCUUAACUUUGUUUAAAAUGUAUAGUUUAAUAACUAUAAACUAGCCUACUCUUGUUCAUUUUGUUGUAUCAUACAUUGUAAACAGCAUAGCCCUGAAGAUGAAAGGAAAUACUUGGUUUAUUGAUAAUUUUCCUCUUUUUUUUUUUUUUUUUUUUUUUUUUAUUGAAAAGGUUCAAUGUAAAACAAUGUACAAUUAAAAACAAUAUCUUAUCAGG